AUGGAAAUUGAUCUGGCUAAAGGUGAAGCACGACACAAAGAAGCAAUCCUUAAAGUCAAGGAAGAAGCGAGAGUGGAACUAGACAUUGAAAGACAAAAACAGCAAGAACUCAUCACAAAAUAUCAGAGAGAUUACGAAGAGCUCCAGAAGAAGAUACCAGGAUUAAUAUCCAGUGCCACCAAUAGCUUAAGGGUGGAGACAGAAAUUCUUGAAAAGAAGCUACAAGAUGCCCAGAUCAAACUUGCAGAGAAAGAUGAAGAUAAGGAAAAAGAAAUUCAGAGCCUUAGAAGACUAAUUACUGAGCUUGAAUUUCAGCUGACGAUGGAAAAGAACAAUAAUGAAUCAUUUCUGGAUAAUAUGAGAAAAGAAAUUAAGCACAAGUCAGAUGAACUGGAAAAAUUAACCCAGGAGAGGACACAGCUGAUUCACAAUUUGAGUCAAGUUCAAGAGGAGAACACUCUUCUCCAGGAAACAGUGCGCAGAGAGUGUGAGGAACGCUAUGAGCUGACUGCAGCUUUGACUCAAGCCAGGGAACAAGUACUGGAACUCAAAAAGCUCAGUGGAAACUUCCAGUUAUCGCCGUGUUCCCUGACUCAGGGCAGCCUAACCUCCUCUGCUGCCCUGCUCGCUGAUUACGGACAGAAAAGCCGCACAAGCCCCAGCGCCGGGAAGGAAAUCAAUCUCUCCGGACAGUUUGGUAUUUCAAGAUCCGCUAAGGCAGCCACCUCCGGUAAGCGUAACAGCAGCAGCAGCGUGGGCUUGCCGCCUCUAACCCCACCGCAUCCGCCAAGAGGAAGAGCGGCUUCGCUGAAUGAGCCCAGGAGCAGGAUUGCUGCAGUUAUAAGACGACAGCUGAGUCAGCUCUGA